AUGCCGGGAGAACUCGCCGCCUCCAUCGAUACUUGGAGACACUCGGUCCCCAGCCGCAUGGAGCGCGAGGAUCCCUUUGUCAACGAUGGCUUCGUGCCCCGACCUGAGACUCGCAUCACCUUUCGUGAACCGGAAAGGCCCGUUCGUCGCCCAUCCACCCGCAUCGCCAUGAUGCGAGCCGCCAUCCCGCUCUUUCGCCGACCCAACGGCCCCAACGCUCUCCAAGAGUCCAUCAUGGAACGCCCCGAGACCGCCCUGGGAGUCCGGGACGACGACGAGGACGAAGUGGUGCGUGCAGCGAGGAACCCCAUCCGCGGCUUUUUUGCCCUGUUUGGUCGCAAGAGAAAGCACCGCAGUCCUUCGUUGUCGCCCACUCCCACGGUUGUGCUCGAUAGGCCCUUGACUCUUCAGUUUUUGUUUGUUGGCGCUGAGGGAGCUGGACAGACGUCCCUGCUUUUCCGUGCUCGCUAUGGUCAUUUCCCCGACUCGAGCGCCAUCACUCGAACUUGUUACGAGACGUACACCAACGACACCUCGGGCGCGCCAGACUUGAACACGGUAGAGCGACUCUCGUACGUGCAGUGGGAUGCCAUCUUCCUUUGCUUUGACAUCAAGGAAAAGACCACUCUUCACACUAUUCUGCAGUGGUGGCAGAACGCCUUGCAGGGUGGUUUCCUCAGUCAGCAGCAAAAUCCGACGCUUCUCCAUCUCAUCGGCAUGAAGAAGGACUUGCGUGCCAAGUGCCUGGAUGAAGACCAUCCAAUUCCCGGUCCCUUUGAGCCGCAGGCCUUUGUGCCGUUUCCCACCUGCUGCGUGGCCCCUUCUGAUGCCGUUUGGCAUGCUCGCCGCAUCGGAGCUGACCGCUACCUCGAGUGCUCUGCCAUGACGGGCGAAGGAGUGGACGUCAUGCUUGAAGAAGCUGGCGCAGAAGCGACCCGACGAGCCAUCGCGUUUGCUCGCAUGCGCCUGGCGCCCGGCAGAAGACGUUUGUUCUAA